CAACAAUUCAAAGAGGCGAGCUAUCUCCUUAAGACAACUUUCACUGCAAGGAACCUCGAAUUAUCUGAUACUAUGUCUGCUCCAAACCCAAAGGCUUUCCCACUUGCUGAUGAGGCAUUGACUCAACAAAUCCUCGAUGUCGUUCAACAGGCUUCCAACCUUCGUCAGUUGAAGAAAGGUGCUAACGAGGCCACCAAGACUUUGAACAGAGGUAUCUCCGAGUUCAUCAUCAUGGCUGCUGACACUGAGCCAAUCGAGAUCUUGUUGCACUUGCCAUUGUUGUGUGAGGAUAAGAACGUUCCAUACGUGUUUGUCCCAUCUAGAACUGCUCUCGGUAGAGCUUGUGGUGUCUCCAGACCUGUCAUCGCUGCCUCAAUCACCACAAACGAAGGCUCUACUUUGAAGAACCAGAUCUACAGUGUCAAGGACAAGAUCGAGACUUUGUUGAUUUAAUGAAGUUACGAAUUAAUCUAUAUGUCUUUUUCUUUUUUGUGCGUGUUACUCUCCUCCAGUACUAUAGUAGACUGCAAUGCCUUUCAAAGAGAUUACUGAGAAGAGAUCCACCUAGGCUCUUCUCCAGCAUCUCCACUAAAUCACCAUCAAUGAUAUAGCCAUCCGUCGUAACUUCGCCAGUUUCAUAGUCAAAGAGCGUUUCACACUUCCAACCAGCGUACACUAUUUCCUGUACUUUGGACUCAAGUAUUGCCCUAGUGGCUUCUAUAACCUCUUGACUUUGAAUAAAAGUCAAAGAGUACAUCCCUCCGGAAGC